AUGGAAGAUCGGAGCAAUUUCCACGAGUUAUCAACCGAGCCAUACGGUAUUUUCUGGCAAGAAGACUUCAUCGAUACCGAACACGAGCAACGACUCAUCUCUGUCUUUACCAACGAGCUAGAAUGGCCCGACCGCCCUGGCCGGAUAUCACUCCAUUACGGCUACAGUUUCGACUAUAAAACAUUCGGGAUAGAUCCCGAGAUUCCAUACAAGGAAUUCCCAGAAUGGCUCCAACCUCUCAUUCCAACAACCGAGGAUCGACCUCCAGACCAGGUCUGUCUGCAAUACUAUCCUCCAGGCGCGGGGAUCCCACCCCAUGUAGAUGCACACAAGCCAUAUGACCAGCUCUACGCUUUAUCUCUUGGUGCGCCGGCGAUGAUGAUAUUCCGCCGGGGCGAGGAACGCAUUGAGGUCGAUUUGACCCCGCGGAGCAUGAUGCAAAUGAGCGGUGACUCGAGGCUGCAUUGGACGCAUGGGAUUAGGAAGCGGAAGAAUGAUACCCUCCCGGAUGAGACGGUGAGGCCGCGCGGGAAGCGGUGGAGUAUCACUUAUCGCUGGCUCAGGGAUGGGGAAUGUGAAUGUGGGAACCUUGAGAUGUGUGACACGGCUCAGCGACGGAAUGGCAUUGAAAAAGAAAAGAGAUCAUUAAAGGCUUUGGCGGAGCAGGCUCAGCUUGAACAACCGGUCGCAUAG